ACUGUUGCUUAUAAAUCUUUGGUACAAACAAGUCAACAAAAGCAGCAGCAGCAGCAGCAGCAUUAUUGUCACAAAUUUUUAUAACCCUUUUCUUUUGCUUCCUUUGCUCCCCUCCUGCAUUCAGUUUGUGUGUGUUUUUUGUUCCCAUUUUCUCAAGAUAUGCCUAGACCAGGUCCAAAGCCAUAUGAGUGUGUUAGAAAGGUUUGGCAUAGUGAUAGACACCAACCCAUUAGAGGUUCCUUCAUUCAAGAAAUCUUCAGGGUUGUGCAUGAGAUUCAUAGCCCAGCAACUAAAAAGAACAAAGAAUGGCAAGAAAAGCUGCCUGUUGUUGUCCUCAGAGCUGAAGAUAUAAUGUACUCCAAAGCCAAUUCUGAGGCGGAGUAUAUGGAUCUGAAAACACUUUGGGACAGAACAAAUGAUGCCAUUAACACAAUCAUUCGACUAGAUGAAACUAUAGAAACUGGGGUAUACUUGCAGCCUUGUAUUGAAGCUGCUCUGCAUUUGGGAUGCACACCCAGAAGAGCCUCAAGGAGCCAGCGGAAUAUUACACCGAGUUAUUACCUUAGUCCAAUCAAUCCUGACAAAAUGACUAUACCCUCAAGCAGUUUGCAGAACUCAGUGCUCGGAAAUCACAGAACCACUAAUCAAUUUAUGUCUGGUUGUUUAGAUGCCGGUAAAACUAGUUUCUCCUUUUUCGGCAUGCCAUCUCCAGGCCCUGCUGUUAAACCCUUAUAUUUUGGAAAUCCUAAACCAAAAGAUUCCAAGUUUAAUUUUGAUGUGCCUUCCAAGUUUAAUCUUGACACCCCUACCAAGUUUAGUUCUCAUUCCAUGAAGGCCAGUGGGAUAUGUGGAAAGCAAAAUCCAUAUGGUAAAAUAAAGGCUUUAGGUAAACCUUUUGAAGCAGAUGUCAAAGACGCCAGUUGUGACUCGUAUGGAAUUGAUUGUGAUCUAUCAUUGCGGUUGGGUUGUCUUGGUAGUCCAGGUGAGAAAAUUGAAACCAGAGUUGAUAAGGAUUUGGGAAAUUUCAGUUUAAUGAACCCCCAAGGAAAGAAGCUGACUGAUUCAUCAAUACAAAUUGACAAGUCUUUCUUCAAAACAUCUCAUAUUUGUGACUCAGUGGAUACCUGUUCUACCCAUCAGAUUAAUGAGGCUGAAAAUCUGAAUUUGAAGGAAACUGCAAGAAAACGCAAGUCCAUUAUGGAUCAUCCGCUUGAGGACGAAGAUUUCUCCUGGCGUCCGAAGGUUCCAUUUCACGAUUUCACUGCACGGGCGAGAAAUGCAGAGCCAUGAGGUCAUGUACUCAGGGUAAUAUUUACAGUCGCAUAUUAGUAGAUAUCUUCCAUCACGUCUGCAAACAGAAAACUAUUGCUGCUAAUCUUCCAAAAUUUUCCUGUACAAGGAACAGAAAAAAUGCACAAUUGUACACUACUCAGAAUCGUUCUUAUUUGAAAAUAAAGAAGAUGCCGAAACAGUAGCAUCGGAAGACUGGGACGAGAGUGACGGUGAUGAUAGUGAAGACAAGGUAAUGAAGUUGAACUCUAUCUGCAAACGCUGAUGGAGGGAAUAAUAAGAAACUGUCUCUUUUUCCUCUUCCAGUUCAAGUUCUCUUAAAGGUAUAGCAGCAAGAAAUAUUUUGAUAAACUCCCGACAACAGUCUUUUCCUUUGCAUAUAACCUCAUCACCGUCAUUGCUAUCAAAAUUAUCUGUGCAUGUGGUGAUUUCUUCAGUAUGAACAUUUUCUUUUCCCGUUCUCCCAAGCAUUAAUGUUGACUUAUCAAACUUUAAUAUGAAUGCUUGCUUGCAACCUUCAUAUAGCCUCUCUCCUAAUGUGUCAAUGAUGUAGUAGGCUUCAUUGUCUGCUUUAAACACAAAGAAAUGAUCCUUCCAACUUACUAUAUAAGUCCUUGGCUGAUUCUCUUCUUCCGUUUUGCCAAUCUCAUUCCAUAUCUCAUCAAAGGACAUGGCUCCUUUCAAGGACUCAAACUUUUCAGGACUGAAAAAUCCAACAAAAGAUUUCUCUUGUGAUAUAAGGACAGGACGAAUGCCGGUCUCUAAAACGGUUUCAAGAUCAAAAUGUUUAUCUGGGAAGUUGUUUACAAUUGGCUCAUUGUCACAGAGCUUCCUCCAUUCAGAAGAACCAUCAAUAAUGAGACUAUCAAAUUCAGUUCCUGUUGGCAUUCUAUCAUGGUUUGAGAAAAGCCAGUGGGAAAUGACAGCUACUAGAGUUGUGCAUGCACUCUCUCCUGCAGCUUUACAGCUACAUUGAUCAAAAGAAGCCAGGAACACUUGUACCACCAGCUUUGUCUGCCCAUCUCUGCUAACAAGGUCCAUUUCAUGCCACUUGCCUGCUGAAAGAGUUUGGCUUUGGAACUCUUGUUUGAAAUGUCCAUUGUCAUCUGCGUUCUCCUACAAUUAAUAUUUAAAGAUUCAGAUACAUGCUGAAUAAUAGAAAGUUUAUAUGUUUACACCUUAGUUCUUCAUUUCUACUGGCCCAAAAUGUAAUGAAAUGUUCAACUUAUUUGCUGGUAGAUUCACAAGUACCAAAAAAGACUAUGCAAUUUUCCAGCAAUCUUAUAAAUGUUCUCUUCGUAUA